AUGGAUUCAGCGGUAGAGGAGAACAAACAAUUGGAGGGAGAGUCUUCGACAACGUCGUCGUCGCCGCCGCCAUCGUCGAACAACCCAAAAAGUGAAAGUUUUAAUGAGGAGCCAGAAAGUUCGGAAGAACCACUCAGAAAGCGUAAAAAAUCAGCAGACGAAUCACAACAGGAUGCCUUGGUUACUUCGACGGUGGGUUUGAGGCGUUUCAAACGCAUCCCCAUUUUCAUUGUCGACUAUCACAAUGAUGUAUUGGAAUUUAUAUACCGGUGUCUGGCCUCAAGGCAUUUGCCCCUGGAAAACAAUACGCUGCUGCACUUUGACUCUCACCCGGAUAUGGUGAUCUCGCGUGAGAUUCCAGCCAGUUCAGCCUAUGACAAGGAGACCAUGUUGGCCGAGUUGAGUAUUGAAAAUUGGAUAAUGCCCGCCUGUUAUGCUGGCCACUUUAAUCGUGUCAUUUGGGUUAAGAAUUCGUGGUGCCACCAAAUGCCCGAAGGCAAGUACAACUUCAAAGUGGGUCACAAAGAAGACAAAAUCAGUGUGGACUGCUGUCUCGAUUAUUUCAUAUCGGAAGGUAACUACUGUCAAACAUCUGAAUUGGAGCAGCCACGUGAUAUGGAGUUACACGUUAUCAACAAUGACACCGACAAAGUGCCCGAUCCCAAGCAACUGUUGUCUUCAGAAGAUUCCCAAAAUUAUAUUCUGGACAUUGAUUUGGAUUUCUUUAGUACUUCGAAUCCCUUUUUGGAAAUCUACAAGGAUGCCAACUGUUAUGAACAAUUGAGCCAGAUAUUCCAUUUCGAAAGUGCCACAGAAUCCACAGCUGUGGGCACCACCGAGAAGCGAAAACUCCAAUUGGAAGCCUUAAAGGGUGUCUUUGAAUAUCUGGAAGAGAAACGUUCAUUCGAAGGCAUUGAAAUGCCCGAUCCAGACAUAGUCAGCAAGGAGGUAUUCGAUCGAAUUGUUGCCUUGGCAGAAUCUCUCCAAAAGUGCUAUGCCGAUGAUGAAAUUGAUUGGCUUUUGAUUUUCGAUUCGGGCAGUACCACAGACACUAAUGGUCUACCUCAUCACAUCAGUACAGAAGCUGAAUUGGAGACAUACUAUGGCCAAUUCAAAAAGUUCCUUACCCAAUUGCCCCACCCACCAGUUCUUAUUACCAUGGCCUGUUCGGCGGAGGAUGAUUAUUGUCCACGCAACCAGGUGUCAUGUAUACAAGAGAAGGUUGUCCAAAUACUGAAGGAGGUAUUUGGCGAUAAAGUCCAUGACAAGCCAAUUUUACAUUACAUGGAUGAUGAAUGGGAUGUAAUGCAGUUGUAAAACAACCAACAAUAUUUAGAACAGA